GCAACAUUGCCAUGAUGGGGGAGAGCGUGAACUAUGCCGAACUGCAGUUCUCCAAGGCUCCCCUGGGACAAACUGUGAGGCCCCAGAUACAAGAGACAGAGCCCCGGUGGAGCAUGUGGCCCCUGCUCCUGGUCCUGCUGGCAGCCUGCCUGGCCCUGCUGGCCACCACCAUCGUGCUGGGGGUCUGCUACUGGCAGGUGAGCACGGCACUGGUGCAGUCCCAAGACCAGCUGGCAGAGACCAGAGCGGAGGGGGACUGCAGCCAGAAAAAGCUGCAAGGCAGGGGCACAGAGCUGCAGAAGGCCAGGGCAGCAGUUGGGAAGGUCCAAAAGAAGCUGGCUUGGAUGCAAGGGCAAGUCCAGGACCUGCAGGAGCAGCUGAACAAAACUGCAGGAGACUUGGCUUGCAGUCGAGCAGACUGCUGCCCGGAGACCUGGGUGCUGCACCGUGGGAAGUGCCUGUUCCUCUCCAAGGAAAAGAAGACCUGGUUGGAAAGCUUAGCGGCUUGUGCAGCAAAUUUCUCCCGGCUCCUGGUCCUCAGGGACUGGGACCUCAUGACCAUGCCGAGCUUCUUCACCAACAUGGACACCUCGUACUGGAUCGGGUUGCGGUAUAACAGGGUCUGGACUUGGAUCGAUGGGACUCCGUACCCACAAGGUCCAAAAUCUUAUGAUUAUGUUACUUAUGGAACAAUUAAAAGGGGAAGAAUAGAGCCAGGAGGUGGGUAUAGUAAGCAGCAGCAGUGGGUGUGUGAGAAGCCAUCCAGCUGCCCCCAGGGAGACACAGAGAUGAUCCCUCAGGCAUGAAGAGGGGAGGCUCUCUCGCACCACUCCAGCACGGCUGCACCUGGCACACUUCCCGCCGUGCUCCCUGCAUGCAGCACUGCCUGCUCUCCAGCCCUGCCCCAGCCUGGCUGCCCUUGCCCAGACACCUCCACCUCCAGCACCUUCAUCCUGCCUGUCCCAUAGCCCAGAUCUACGCGGGCUUCUUCACGCAGCUACAACGCACUGCAGACUCCUCUUGAAUCUGGGACCUCCCGAGAUGCCCAGGUCCUUCUCUGUAGUGCUGCCCCAGUCGCGUCUCACCCACUCUGUGCCCGUGUCCAUGAUCCUUCCUCCUGAGGGCAGCACCGUGAACUUGUCCGCACUGACCUGCAUCCUGUCGGCUCCAGCCUGCAUUUCCAGCCUGUUACAAUCUGUCUGUGCUGUGCUCACAUCCUUCAGUGUGCUCACAGCCCUUCCUAAUGUUGUGUUAUCCAUAAGUUGCUCCAGAAGUUUUCUGUGCCAGCAUCCACACCAUGAAUGGACAUGUUGAGCAGCCCCGGGCCCAGGGCAGACACCUGUGGGGCUCCACUCAAAGCCUCAUAGAUUCAUAGAUGUUAGGGUCGGAAGACACCUCAAUGGAUCAUUGAGUCCGACCCCUCGCCCACGGCAGGAAAAAGUACUGGGGUCAUGUGACCCUAGCCAGGUGCUUGUCCAGUCUCUUCUUGAAGACCCCCAAGGUAGAGGACGGCACCACCUCCCUUGAAAUCCUGUUCCAGUUUCAAAUGGGCCUCCUGCCAUCCUGACAUGACCUGGUGAGAAUGACUGAACCCUUUGCCAGCGGUGAUGGAGCCAGUUGUCUGCCCACCCCGUAGUAGCUUUGUGUAGCCCACACUUCUCCAGAUGGUUUACGAGGAGUUCGUGUUGCUGCAGUGCAGACACAGGACACCGUGCACUGUCACGGAGAUUUCAGGCAGAGCAGAAAUGAUCACAUUUGAUCCGCCCCCUGAUCCCACUACUUGCUCUUCUGCUGCUGGUUGUAGCCAAGAACCCGCUGUUCAGGUCCCCGUCCCUGCUGCAGCCCCUCAGUCUCUGGCACCAAUCCGGGUUUGUGAGAAAUGCCAAAUAAACACAGAAAGUUCAACAAAUAAACUGCCACUUUGCUUUUG